AUUUUGACUGUGUUGGUUCAGUAAGUCGUGGUUGGCGUUGGCACUCUCUAUCGCUGUUAGUAUUUCGGAAGUGCACUGUAGAUUUAUGUGUAGUUUUUUUAGUUUGUUUUCAUUUCUCAAGGUUUUUCAAGUCUUUGAACCUGCCUGUGCUAAUAACCUACCAAUAUUCUUGUUACAGGCGUUCCAUAGACCUCUGUAAUGAGCGACUUUUCUUCGAAAUUUGCUCAGCUAAGCGUGCGGUCGGAGAAAAGUAGUCACAAUGACUUGUCUAACGUUCAGCGUGCCAAUGGGGAUGAAGACAAGGGUUCUAAGGGUAACCCAUGGAAGCCAAUAGUCCCUAGUUCCGAAAACAAUUCUUUGGAAGCAGACGCUUGGCCUGAACCAUCGGCACCUACUGAACAGCGGCGUAUUACUCGCAUUGCAGAGGAAAAGCCCAAAAGAAAGUUGAAGUGGCAUAAUUACGAAGUAGAUGAUACUACUUGUGGUUUCCCUCGAGGGCGUGGUCGCCAUACAGUUGGACCGUUUGCCGGAGCUAACUACACCAGUAGUAAUGUCAGGCCAUUUCGCAGGGGUAAGAGAUUAACGUUCUGUGAUUCUUCAGGUUAUGGAGGUUACCGAAGUCGCAUCUUACCUGAUGCAAACAGAGGUCGCAACAGUAAUGGGUUCUAUCGUCAUCCUGGUCGUUUAGGAAACGUACGACCAGUUAGUGAACCUAAAGAAAAUCCAAACGAACCUAGUCAAAAGAAUAGCCCAGUUCAAGCUAGUGAUACAUAUGUAUCAGCUCUUGACGAAAAGGUUUCAGAUCGCGGUUUACAUCUGUCAGAAUCGGUUGAUGUGUCAGGUCAACAAACAGACACAGACUUGCAGAAUAACAAACCAAGCUCAGUUUCCUCUAUGCCUAAUCCAACACCCCGCAAAGUUUACCGCGAGAGAUCCAAUGUUUCGUCGCAGUCGGGUAGCCAGUCAACUAACAUCCCAUCUAAUUAUGAUGCAGGUCCCGUUGGCCGUGCGAGACGAUCAUACCAACGCCAGCAUCAGCCAAUGUUCCCCACCGAAACCGAUAGUCACAAUUUGAAUUCACACUCUACUCUGGUUGCGAACUCCUCCAUCCAACCUCUUAUUCCCUUUCAAACUCUACCUCAAAGUAAGUAAUAUUCAUGUUAUGCGCUUACGAAUGUUUGCUUUGGUUAUAUGUUGAGCCGCUAAUCGCCCGCUCAUACAUUCGCCACCCAAAAUGUUGUGUAACUACUAAUCCCUUCCUUAAAUCAAAAUGAUUUACGUCCACAACCCAUGACAAAUCACUAGCCUAUUUAUACGAGAUCUUUAUGUCCGUAUAUUCUUCAUAAGUGACGCCUUAAUUUGUUGGAUAAGGUCCACGUAAGGGCUUGAUUAAGUGAAUAGUGUACAUGUCUCGACUGCAAUUCAUGCCAAUUGGUUUUAAUUUCUUGACAUUGUGACUAAGCUUGUGGUGUUACUCCUGCACAGUAUUCGCUGUUAGAUGUUUUUUGGCGAUAUAUUGAUUUUUACUGCUAGUGUUCGAUCAUAGGUGUCUUCAAAACAUUGCUCGUAUAUCCUGGAACCAUCGAGUAAGUAAUGCAGUUGUUAGGAAACGGGUACUAGGUAAGGAUGGCAAAUCGAUUGAUGAAGUAGUGAAACUUCAUCAGUUGAGAUGGCUGGGACACGUGUUACGUAUGCCCAACGACCGACUGCCUCGACGUGCAAUGUUCAGUGGUAUAGGAGUAGGCUGAAAGAAAGCUAGGGGCGGCCAGACCAAAACAUGACACAAGUCUUCCCUUAAACUAAGAGAUUGAAAUCGCUUCAUAUCUUUCUACGAACUAAUUCUUUCUUCCUGUACUACUAUAUCCUUAUUACAAUCUUCUAUAUAUUAUCACCUCUGAUUUAACUACUUUUAUGAAUCCGGUGUCCAUCUUGCUGUGUUAAUGAGGCAUGGCAACUUGGACUGAUGCAUAUAUGUUCCUGGUCCUACGUUGUAGCUGACUGACUGACCAUGAAGUCACUGACAAGUGGAUUGAGUCAUGUUGCUAGGAGUAGACCAUCUGUUUGGGGACCGCGAUAUUAUAGCAACCGAUGGUUAGAGACCCUGAAUGACAUGGCUCAAAAUCGUUUGCGAUGGCGCAGGUGCAUACGCUCUUUGUGUUCCUUCAAAUUUAAAAUCUGAUUCCUCCUUGUCUCUUUUUUUCUCUUCCCAAAUUUAUCUCACUGGAUUUUACACUCUAAAUAACAUGUUGAAACCCUAAUCUUUACGAUUACUGCUUAUACUCUUACUACCUCUACCACUACGGGAUUUGAAUCGACAACUGCAUCUCUGUGCUGUGGUAUGGCAACUCGAACUGAUGUACGUACGUACGAAGUUCUACGUUGUUACUGACUGACAUUGCUCUCUCCAGAUGCUCUCAUAGGGCCGCGCAUAUACAACCACUGCCAGGGAAGUCCUACUCACCGUCUUCUCGUGGCGGGGUGUUGUUUACGAAGUCGAGGAUCAAAAGCGAAUGUCCGGCGCUUUAACCGGGUUGGUGGAUACUAAGGAUCAACCUAGGAGAGUUGGAAAACUGAUUCCAGACCAAUGGUACACAUGGGCUCCAGAAUUCUGAGGGAAAAAAUGUAUGAGCUAAUUAUUGGUCACGGCUACCAUGGGACUGCAUCUCCUGGCGUUAGUCCACUGCCUUGUGGAUCAGACCUUUAGGUCAAAGGCUCCGGGUGUGGCCCUCUAAGAAAACCACCUGCGUCGUCCCAGGGCACCCGGACAGAAUGGCAUCGCAUGCACAAAUCAAGUGACUUGUGUGGUGCAUAUGUAUUUUAUGCCCCUUUGUACCAAUAUUUGCGUUUAACCAAUAAGUAAAGUCAGAGGUAGUACGUUUUGUGGUUGAUUACACAUAUUCAAUUUUAUGAUUGUUCUUACUGAACUGGAUGUUUAACGUAGUGCACCCACACCUGGGUAAUUUUUAACAUUUCUUGGUUUGACUAUAUGCUAUACGAGUUCCUGUUGAUCCAUGAUCCGAUCAGUUUUCAGGUUUCGGUUGUACUGCCUACUUGAUGUAUUUCGUAACACUAAUCUUGCUGUUCAUGAGUUGUGAUAGUGUAUUAUAAAAUUUCGUCUGAAAGACUUGAGAACCCAUUGUUUAGGUUAUGGUGUGCUGUCUACAUUUAGUCCUGGUUAGGUCAUCUACAUUUUGUUCAUUCAUAAUGUGUCCAAAAUGUCACCCAAUAAUUUCGAGCACUUACCCAACAUCUUCAGUCAUACAGGAUUGCUGCUGUGCAAGUUCUAUUUAGAGAGUAGUCGUUUAAUCCCAAAAACCAUUCUAAAAAUCAGUGAUUUGUUAACUGACCCCAUCUCUUGAUGGAUUGACUUCAGUACUAACAGCUAUCAAUUUGCGGCACCAAGUACAUUUUGCUUUUGUAUUACCUAUCAAUCACGACUAAAAGCGUCCGUAAGUCAAACGUUACUAAUAAAUAGUCUAAAUCUCAUCUCCAACUAUCUGAAUCACUGAACAACGUAAACAUAAAAAAAACAGGAAAAAGUCACUUAUGGUAGUUUAACCUCAACAAACUCUAAACAUACCUUUCGGCACCAUAUAUCACUUGUAAGCAAACGUAACCCAAAUAAGUGCAGCACGCAGGUGUAAUUUUAGUUACUGAUGGUAUUUUCAAACACGCUUAGGUAUAAAAAGCCAUUUAAUCAGUGUGUUCAGAGUUCUACAUCAAAUCAGUCGAACUAAAGGCGGUAUUUUGUGGGGUUGAGAUGAGCCAACUGCCGACUUCUCCGUAGUUUAACUCGGUUCUCAAAGUGUUUCCGUUCUGAUGGUCCAGAUCUGUUUGUACUGUCCUCUGCCGUAUUAGAAAAUGCAAGAUUCAUUGAUGUGUCUUAGUAAUUGGACAUGGAAUGUGAGGGUAAAUCUAAUAUUUACAUUGACUGUAAAUCCUCAGUCCCCAGGAUCAAACAUUGUUUUUUUGUCUGCUUGUACACGGAUGUUAUGAGCACUUUUCCUGGUUGUAUUUUCUUUUGGUUUGGUUGUAUUCCUUAGUAUCAUUGGUUUAAAAGAUCAUUUGCAAAGAUUUCGUUACUGGUAAGCUUUAUCCACAAGUAGUAGAUUAUCAAGAUCAUUGUCCUAAGAUUGUGCAACACCUUAAAAUCGGUGUUAGUACGUUACUCAAUUUAUUUUGAUUCACGUCUUUGUAAUUUCUUUUAUAUGGAUACUAUGAGAAAUAAAAAUACUGUCUAGUUUGAUCUUUACGUUAAAUAUCAGUCAAGUAACGCUGAAGGGAACAAGCUUAAGUUCUAUCUUUCCUAGUGUUAUUUCCAUUUAGUGCUUAAUUGUCUUUAGCGCAGUAGCUCAACCGUUCAACCUUCGGCAACCAAGUUCCGGAUUCAUACCUUACUCCGUUUUUGAGUUUUGGCUGGGUGUUAGUAUCAUUCUUAUUUAAAUAGGGGCUCAGAACCAUGUAGAUAAAUCAUUAAGCAUAAUCGUACGUUUCGCAAAUAUAGAUACUGUGUUGCUAAUGUAUUGUCACUCAUUUCUAAGCGAAUGAAUCACCGUGCAAUUCCUUUGAGAAAAUAAUAAGCAAAUUUAACUUUAAUUCUUAUUCAAUCAGUUUUUGCACAUAUAAUUUCAUUACUAUGUUAGUCUGCAUGCACGACACAAACUUCAAUAACUCUAGAUGUGUUGAUUGGGAAAUUCGGAUUUGAAGUAAGAUAGGAUUUUAGGAACCAAGGAGUUCGUAUAGUAGCCUACACCUCUGUCAAGUACCCAUCUCUACCCAUCCAAGUUUAAUACAGUAUCUUAAUUAAUCGAGCACUAUAGUAGUCGGUUAACAAUCUUCAGUUCUUUUUUUGUUGUUUAGUUGCAUAUAUCAUCCCAGGAGCACCUGCAACAAUGCUGACCCCUGCCUUACAGAUUGCACAAACACCUGCUUCACAUACAAUAAUUCCUACCGUGUCGCUACCAAACACUCAAAUCCUACCCACUCAGCCGACAAUACAACAUCCUAUUGGAGGUCUACCACAUCUUCCAGUCGAAAAUCUCCCCAUACCUAUUCUUCCAGAUGGAUCAGCUGUCCAGUCAGUACAUCCCAGUUUCAACCCACAAUCAUCCAUGACCUCCACCGGUACAGAACAACCAAUUGAUACCCCUGAAGUGGUUGACGUAACUCAGGUCAUUGCAUACAUUAACGAAGUGGGAUGGAGAAAAGUAGUUUUUCCCACAAGCCUUCGGGAGCAUCGUGCAGUCGCUGCUGCUAUAAAAGAUGCUCUAGGGUCAUCAAACAACGACUUAGCGGAUCUCACUGAAUCAGCGGUUAACAAAAAUGACUUGUCCAACCCGUCAUCUACCCAACCUCGUAGCGAUGAUGCGCCUACAAGACCAAUAAAAGCUGACGAUAUUAUCAUAGUUGAAGAUCGUGUGUUUUUUGUUCCGAAAAAUGUAAAUCGAACCAAGUUUCUAAAGUUCCUAUCGAAACUGGAUUAUAUUAAGCAUCAUGUGUAAGUUAGGUUUUGUUUUACAGCUCAUGCUUACUAAUAACUGUUAUUAUAAUUAACUCCUUCACCAGGUACUUAGCUGAGCCACAUACUAAGGGCUGAUGAUACUGUUGGGUUGUUAUGAUGUUUUCGCAUAGAAUCACCAAGAAAUUAGGCGAAAUGCAUAUCUUUAUUUACAUGUAUAAAAAUGAAGUAGUGGAAAUAUGACGUGUCGUCUGUGGUUUCUACUUUCAGCUUAUGUUCAUCACCAAAAAUAUUAAACUAUGUACUCUUAUUUUAAUGACGUGUGGAGUUUUGUUACUGAUGUUUUUAUAGAUUGCUGAUCAGCGACUCAUCCUACACGAUAGAUCACAUCCGUAAUUAUGGUUUAAUAGAGUAAUCGUAACACGUAUGUUCUUGACGCGUCACAAAUGUACUCAAAUAGUUACUCUCUAAGAUAUUGCUAUUGUACCGUGCAGUUUUUGUACUUAAGGAAGGUAUUAGCAGGCUGCAUACUGUUUUAAAUUGGUAAAGUGACUUUGGAAAUUAAGUGGUAUACUCAUCGUUUCCACCUCAGCUUUUUACACUAACGACGUCCUACUGGUAAUAGGCAGUAGUUGUGCAGAUCGUCGUGUAAUUUACCCUAACUUAGUUGGGUUGGAGCGUUCAAAAAAUUGCUUUCUAUUUCGGAGUUAACACCUAAAGAAUAACUCGCUUCUGACCCAUGCUUAAAAGGUUACAUACCUCCAAGUUGUUCAAAUAAGUUUAAGUAAACUUAGGUUCACUCCACUGUUAGUUAACAGCGUGAAAACCGGAUGUGAGCUUUGGUAUUUAUGAGUUGUUCAGUCCAACAUACAAAGAUGUUUUAGCAAAUCUGUAUUUAUAUUAUUAAACCUGAGUUCCAGACUGAUAAUAUUUUGUUUUCCUUCCUUUAGCGAAUAUUACUUCAGUGAAAGCAAUCUACAACGUGAUUCCCACUUGCGUGCGAUACUAACUGCCAAUCAAGAUGUUUGCCCUCUAUCCGAGCUGUUACAGUUCAAUAGACUUCGCUGGGUGUCCACUACUGAAUCCGAAUUGCUAGAUGCCGUUUCCAGCAGCAACGUCUUGUUGGUCGUGCUUUCCCCUGAUGGAUCACCAGCUGGAAUUACUCGAGUUUGUCCAACACUGGUAAAACAUUUCAAUGAAGGCUGUCCUCCAUCCGUCGAGUUCGGCUAUGUGCGUCCUGUAAAUCAAGGUGUAAGCUUGGCAACUUCGGUUUCUGAUCAAAACACAAUUGUUGUGCAAGUAUCUUCAGCUUCUGGUCAAUCUCUUACACAUCCCAGUGUUGAUCCUUCAAAUCAAAACAUCUCAAUCCUGAGUCCGGUCUCAGCUCAUUCAUUUGGAAGUCAGGUUUCCGCAAACAGUAACAACGCCCCUUUUCCAUGUGCAACACAGGUUUUGGGAGUUUCGGGUCAAUCCAUAAGCUCCGUUCCUCAUAAUUCGCUUCCGAACUAUAUUCAAUCUUCCGCUCACGUCUUGACUCCGAACAAUUUCGGGAUUUUGACAAACACUUCACCAGGGAGUAUGAUAUAUUCUAGUUCUUCACCCUCACAGCAGCACGCGUCAGUUACUUCUCCGUUCUACCAAUCCGACCUCGGUCCACAAUCUACAAUUAGACCAGCACAAGCUUUUCAUUGUCCACAACUUUACACUCAAAACCAGGCUGCUGCGUUUAUGGCCGCGGCUGCCAAUCAAUGUAGUUUGUUAGCGUCAGGACCCAGCACUACAGUUUUGCCUCCGUCAGACCCGAAUACUGCGUCCUUCAUAUCCGCAUUAUACCGCCUUGCCACUCCAGGUAGCCCGGCGCCUAUUGUUGGGACGUAUGUACCUUCCGUUGGAAAUCCUAACAACAUGUCUCCUGCUGCUCCCAAUUCAGCCGUGUUUCUCCAGUUUAUUCCAGGAGCUCAUCCUGGCCAAACUAACGCCUAUUUCGCGCCUCCAAUUAGUUGUCCGCCAGGCACAAACUCACUGUUAAGCCGUUCCGUUCCUGCACACGCUAGCGGAAUGUGGAUACCACUCAACCAAGGUUCUGGUGCGAACGGUGGUAUUGUUCCGACGCUUCCUUACCAACCAUAUGUGGCACUAACUCAGGCUCAUCCGAGCCUAUCGCUUUCCAAUAAUCCGAGUGGUAACGGAGGGUUGUACGCUGUAACGUCUUCUCACUCAUUCCCAACAGCCUUUGGAACUGUUCCUACUUUAACUAUUGGUCCUGAUGUCUCUGGCUUUGGUGUUCAGAAAGUGUUCAGUCAUGCUCAUUCACUAAGCAGUCCACAUAGUUUCACAAAUCACCAAUCACCCGUUACUUCAAACGCGAACGUGACAGCAAUAAACACACCAACCGGACAUACUUCUCAAAUCAAUGUAAAUCAUAGUUCAGUUCCAGGUUCACAGCCAUCAAACAGUAACUUGGCUUUAGGUAAACGAAUACCUACAAACAACACUCAAACAUGAAUCUAGGUCUUUCCAUAAGAUUUUACCACAUCCCUUGCUAUGUACAGUGUACAGUUCCCCUUGUCCACAGAUUCUUUAUAACCUUUUAUCCCUUAAUAGCUAGCGACGUUUCUAAAAUUUCAGACAGUUAUCUAUCAUCUCUUUGCACAGCUAUAGCAGUUGUCUAGUCACUAGUUCCUGCAUAUGCGAUAUCUGUACUCACAGUUUGUGCCUUGAAUCGUUUGUUUUUAACAUUUCGAAUUAUUUUUGUAAUUAAAAAUAUACGUACUUUCUUCCGAAGCUAACCUCCAAAUGGCAUACGUAGCUAAUAUCGGACAAGUUUUUACGGUUUGCUGCCUGUGAUAUAAAUCUUUAGGUUUUAUGACUUUCGUUCAGGCUGUGCCUGUCAUCCAUUCAUUUGUAGGUAUUUUAUUCGAACUCAGAGCUGGUUGUCUUUUAAAAUGUAGUCUUCAUAUUAAUUGAUGUAUUACUUCGGAUAUAGUCCACAAAAAGUGUAAAUGCUUUUAGUUCCCAUGUGUUCAUGCCCUAAGUGCACUUCAUCUGUCUUCCAGUGUAGUGGGGUGCAAACUCCCGAAAUUAAAUUAGGUUUCCUCAUUUCGCACUUCCUGACGUCACGUAGUAUAUUUAUCCAAUUGUAGUUUACCAUUAGUAAUUCUUGUUCAUUCCAUGAAUGCUGUCCAUUGUAAAUAUUACCUUUAUCAUUUAGUCCCGAAUGUCUACAUUAUCUUUUAUGUUUAUCUUACUGGUUUCGGUACCUAACACCUUGCUAACUAAUUUGUCGCAACAAAUCUUUAGUGUUUCCUAUUAUCUUCAAGCUUUCUUAUUCUCAUUUGUUAUUAUUCAGAUUCUUUAAAAAUAAACGUCCAAAAAAAUGAUGUGUAUCCUGAGUAUUUGUUCUCUUUAUAGCACUUUAGGUGUUGAUAAUAUCGUUUGUGUAAGAUAAUACGUAAGAGCAUGUCAGUAUUUCUGACCGAUGCAUUUAAGUUGUAAGAAUUUCCUUCAUUUGCUUGAUGGAAAGAUUGUGUUCUACCCAUGUCUCAGUAAUAUCAUUGAGCUAGUCCUCCCGCCACUAAAGUGGUGUAUUACGUCAGCGGUCCCGCCAAUUCGUGUCCAAAGAUAGCAACUAGAGGUCACUCGUGGUAAAGGUAAAUCAUCUAAUUUAUAUACAAGGUGGUGCAGUGAUAGCGCUGCCUUAAUUCUCAAACUAGCCUUAGCGCCUCAAAAAGUUCACAGGUUGCCGUAUCGAUAUAGGCAACUUUAUUUUUAAUACACUCGGUAGUUUAAAAAAAUCAUUAUAUUGCUGGUCUACCUAUUGACCAAUUAUCACUCGAUACAGAGGGUUACCGCUUUCAUAUCUUCGAAAUGAUAAAUUGAGUGUAGAUGUACUUUAGGAUUGCAUCGUCCUGCUGAAUGAGUGUUGUGUGUGAAGGCAGUGGUAUCUAGUUCGUCAGACAUUUAACUCGGCUGUCAGAUGAUUGGAGGCGGUUGCCAGUAAAUACCGCUAGACGUCGGUGCCUUCCGGAUCAGCAUUCGUCAAUAAGACAUUCGGAUCAUUGAGGGAACAAGGACUCUGUGAGAUCCAAACAUAGGUUAUUCGAUGUUACAAAUUGCGACGUUCCCACUGAACUAGUCUGGUUGCAG